UUGCAAGCACCAGCCUAUAGCCUGGGCCACAGCAGGCCUAUAAAAGGCCAUUUCACUGGCUUGCUUUUAGUUUUCUGUACAACAACUACACGUGUUGAGCUCUCAGACUGGAAGCCCUUCCCAUUGCCUGCUGCAUAUCCAUGCUGGAGGAGGAGGAGGAGGAGUUGUUACCUGUGUUUAGACUACCUGGCUGUUUGCAAGUUAGUAGCAGGGACUGCGUUUAACAUGUCUGCACAGAAUAGAGACGCAGAAGCUUUAACUCAAACUAAAUCCACAGGGUUUUGCAGCUAGGUGUUUUUCUACCUGCAUGACGCAGCAAAUGGGAAUCUUUAAUUAGGCUCUGCAGGGAAAAGUGAGGACGAAUAGGAGGCACUUCCUCCAAGAAACUCAUUCACCUCUCAGCUCCGACCCUCUCUCUCCAGUUGCAUUUUGGACUUCUUAUAGCCACCUUUCCAGGUCGCCAUCAGCAUCUCACCUGUACUUGCUUUUGGACCAUCAUGGAUUUGUCGAAGGUUUAUUCAGAGGCGCUUCAGCUCCACGUCGCAGAGAACAGGCGGUCUGCACUGUGCAUGUGGAAGGGUUAGGGAAACGAAAAGAGCGUGACCACUUUGUGUUCCAGUGCAUGGCCUCUGGACGAAGUGGGAAGGAUCAUGCACAAACCUCUCCGAAAGAGGAGUCUCUACGUGUUCCUGUGUUUUGGCAUCAUCUACCUCAGACUUGGGGCCCUGUCUUCGGUGGUGGCUCUGGGUGCCAACAUCAUCUGCAACAAGAUUCCCGGGCUGGCACCUCGCCAGCGGGCCAUCUGCCAGAGCCGCCCGGACGCCAUCAUCGUUGUGGGCGAAGGCGCCCAGAUGGGCAUCAAUGAGUGUCAGUACCAGUUCCGGUAUGGACGCUGGAACUGUUCGGCGCUGGGAGAAAGGACAGUCUUCGGCCAGGAGCUGCGAGUAGGCAGUCGGGAAGCAGCGUUCACCUACGCCAUCACAGCAGCAGGGGUGGCCCACGCCAUCACGGCAGCGUGCAGCCAGGGCAACCUGAGCCAGUGCGGCUGCGAUCGGGAGAAGCAGGGCUAUUACAAUCAGGAGGAAGGCUGGAAGUGGGGAGGCUGCUCGGCCGACAUCAAGUACGGAAUCGAGUUCUCCCGCCGCUUCGUGGACGCACGCGAGAUUAAAAAGACCCCACGCCGCCUGAUGAACUUACAUAACAAUGAGGCAGGGAGAAAGGUACUAGAAGAAAGGAUGAAGCUAGAGUGCAAGUGCCACGGCGUCUCGGGCUCCUGCACCACCAAGACCUGUUGGACUACACUUCCCAAGUUCCGAGAGAUCGGCUACGUACUCAAGGACAAGUACAACGAAGCCGUGCACGUGGAGGUAGUCCGGGCUAGCCGGCUGCGCCAGCCCACCCACCUCAAGGUGAAGCAGACUCAGGGCUACCGCAAGCCCAUGGAGACGGACCUCGUCUACAUCGAUAGGUCGCCCAACUACUGCGAGGAGGACGCGGCCACGGGGAGCGUGGGCACCCAGGGACGCCUGUGCAACCGCACCUCGCCACACACGGACGGCUGCGACCUUAUGUGCUGCGGCCGGGGCUACAAUACACACCAGUACACCAAAGUGUGGCAGUGCAACUGUAAGUUCCAGUGGUGCUGCUUCGUCAAGUGCAACACGUGCAGCGAGAGGACGGAGGUGUUUACCUGCAAAUAAGGAACGCAAGGAACUCAGUGCGCCAAGGACUAAGCUGAACGAGGAAGACUCGAGCGAGCGAGAUAAAAAGUGUGACGUGGACCAGUGAGAGAUUUUGAAAUAAAAGGAAUGGAAUUUUACGCUAUCAGCUCUUCAUGGCAUCGUUUUGCACAGCAGAAUCUAUCUAAUUUCUUUUCAGAAAGUAAAUGCUAAAUAUCAGUAGGUAAUACCCCAGAACUUUACUGUCACAUAGAGAUUGUGCUCAUGUACUGAUGUAUCCGCGGUGGAGUUGGGACUACAGGUAAUGAAUGAGGCCCUCGUUGGGAACUGUGCUUUGCACUCUGGGAUUUGUAAUUGUUAAAUUCACAAGAGACUCGUGCUUGGAGAGGAAACACAGUAACCUGGAGUUGAUCAAAAUGACAGCAGCUGAUGAGGGGUGACUGGGAGAGAUUUGUCAAGUCUUUGAUUGAAAACUUUUAAGGGUUUUUGUCACUAAAGGGGAGCAAAAGUGAAUCUUGACAUGAAUGACCCCCCCAAAUUGGCCGGGGCUUCUGUUGGAGGUUUUGUAGAAAUGAAGAACAUUUUGUAAGUACGGUGCGUCGGGGUGCGCCAAAGUCUGAGUGGAGAACUCUGUUAAACCCUCUGCUGCCAGCUGGAAUAUGGUGGAGUAUGUUAGUUUUCCAGUCACACUGGAACUGUCUGUUCUGAACACUGAAAAUAAAUUGUUUAUUUAUGUUAUAGUAUCUUAAAACGAAGCACUAACGGGUAGAGAUGUCUUUUUUUGUACUAAGUGUAAAGAAAAAUACUUUUAGAAACUCUGACUGAAAAUGUGUGUCUAUUAGAAAAUGCCCCCCCCCCAUCCCUAAAACAUAUUUUCUUUUAAAAAGAAAAAAAAGUUUCUUUGCUACUGGUGUGUUGACAACAAAAAGUAUACAGUGUGUUUCACAUUCAAACACCUUGGUUCUAUUUUACUGUCGUGUUUGUAGUCCCCAAGCAGUAACAUCUAUAUUUGGAUUUCCAUCAAUAGACAGUAGCAAGAAAAGUCAUUUAACUGCAGAGACCCUUCCUCGAUUCAUUAAACAUGAAGCUGAUAUGUUGCUGGAUGUGUUGUCGAGUGCUGCACUGAUAUUUUCUAUUCAGAUACGACUCAUGAGAACUAAAUAAACUCCCAUUUGACUCAGUUUGGCAGUUCAUUGCUAAAAUAUCGGUUGGAGUUGAGCCUGCAGUCUGCCUUUAAUUUAAAGAGAUAGUUACAUAGUUCAUUUAAAAAACAAUAUCUGUAAAGCUGUGGUCAUUGGAAUGAUGAUAGUUACAACUACACACCCACGUAUAUAAUAGCAGAGAUAAAAAAAAACAUAGAUUUAUAUUUUGAUGAUUCACACUAGCUUGUUUUCAUCUCGGCUAAAGGGGAAUGUUGCUCCCGCCUAGAUUAGCUCUGUUCUGCUACAACGUUAAAGGAUAACUCCACUUUUAUUACAUUUGGAUAUCAUUUCUAUUAGUUAUUAUAACAUUGUUCUCAACCAAAGUACUUGCUGAGAUCUGGGAACACCUAGAUUAUCUAAACUGCUUUGUUGGUAAAGACAAAAUGUAGAUUAUAAUGAGCGCACAGCACAACUCAACAUAUUCUCAUACAACAGUUCGUAUGAUAUCUUACGAAAAGUUAUUCCUCAUUUUUUUCGUGCGUUUUCGUACGAAUGUCCAGCGUCAAUUUUUUUUUUCAAAAUAAACUUCGGUCUUCUCAGAAAACAACUUGUUUCGUUUUAGGCAACAAAACUACUUAGUUAGGUUUAGGAAAAGAUCGUGGUUAAGUAGCACCGCACCGGAAGUGACGUAACUAAAGUACAGAAGUUCUGUAACAAAAACGACUCAGUCAGGUUUAGGAAAAAAACGUGGUUUGGGUUAAAAUAACUCCGGAGGUGGCGUAACUUAAGUAUGGAAGUUACGUGACAAAAAUCAACGUCGACUUAGUACAAACACCGGUCUCCUGGGCAUUAGUCCAAUGUUUUUUGACUCACCCGUCCACCUUUGCCUUUGUUUUCUCUUCCAAAUAACUUUAGCCAAAUUCCUUUUUAGUGAUGUCUCGGCAUUCCCAGAUAAUUGCUAUUAACUUGGUGAGCACAAUGUUAUCAUGACUGAUAGAAGCGAGGGUCAGGUGCUUCAACUAUUUCUUAAUGAACUACAGUACCUCUGUGCAGCGUCUCUGCUGGUUGCUGGUGACCCCAGAAAGUCAGAGCGCCCUGGAGUUGUCCUUCCAAGAAAUCGUUACAACAUUUAACCCCCCUCGUAAAACCAUAAAUUAUUAUUAAUUUGAAUUUUGGAUGAAGUCAAGCUAGUUCUUUCACCAUGCUAAGGUAAGCUAAUUGCCUCCUGGCUCUAUAGCUCCAAACAUGAUGCACAGACAUGAAAGUGGUAUCGAUCUUCUCAUCCGUCAGCGAGACAGUGACUGAUCGAAUGUCCGAAAAUGUCAAAUGACUCCUUUAAUUCAUGCAGUAUGAAAGAGGCUAAGCUAACAUGUGGCUUUGGGCUGAGACUGUGCAGUGCUUUGUUGCACUUUAUGUUAUAACCACUUUUUGUUUUGUUGUUGCUGUCUAUUCAGCUUUAAUCUACAACAC